CAGCCACCCGUUGUUUCUGACCCUUCACCUUUCGCUCGCGUUCUGGACUUGUAUACUCGUACGAUGAACACUACACCUUCUCCCAAAGCAACUCAACGUGUGUCGGAUGAUGAUUUGUUAGGAGUCCCCUUGGACGUUUUGCCGCUGGUGCUGGACAACGACGAUAGGUUAGACGAGGUAAGUGUAGAUGAAUAUAUGGCCUUUCCCCCUAAUUCUUCCAUGUUCCCGCAUAUUCACGCGUCUAUGGACGCGUUUGAGCAAAUUGUCGAUGUUAUUGAAGGAGGUAACGCCCCCUUCUCCGUUAACACGUUUCUGUUGGGCCUAGUUGUUGACCUGGAAGACUUUACGAUCGUCUCUGAUAACGGAUCGGAUGACGCGCAUUGUCCAAGUGACGACGAGGCCCAGACAUCCGAUGACGAAUCAGGUGAGGAUGCCGUCGACCUUCCCGUCUCCGUCUGGCUUGAAGACAGUUUGCUUGACUUUCCCCUUGAUUGCUUUCUUGACCUUUUCCCUCCACCCCCCAUAGUCCGUGGAGGAUUGCUUGCAUAGUGUGUUUGAUUUCGAAUUCAAGACUAUAUAUCGUUAUCGGUUCUAAACAGAGUUAACCAAUUCUGCUUCGAGUCAGCUCCACUCGUUCGCAUGAUCUUAGGUUCUCUAACGCCUAUUCUAAAUUUGUCUUGCCGCUUGUUCUACAAUAUACAUUCCUUCUUUCUAG